AUGUCGUCCGAGUUUGACCCGGAGAGGAAGAGGAAGUCUAGAAGCAGGCGUAAUGGAUGUGAUUCUGUAGUAGACAAACUCGCCAAGUGGAAAGAGAUCAAUGAGAAGCUCGAUUCUUUUAGCUAUAAAGGAAAGCGGAUCCGUAAAGUUCCUGCCAAGGGCUCAAAGAAAGGUUGUAUGAUAGGGAAAGGGGGACCUGAGAAUCCCCGAUGCAAUUACAGAGGUGUGAGGCAGAGGACUUGGGGAAAGUGGGUUGCCGAGAUUCGUGAACCCAACAAAGGCAUUCGUGAACCCAACAAAGGCAGCCGGCUCUGGCUGGGCACCUUCCCCACUGCUCUUGAGGCUGCUCAGGCUUACGACAAGGCCGCAAGGGCCAUGUAUGGUUCCUGUGCACGCCUCAACCUUCCUGAAUGCUGUGCCUCAAAAGAAUCUUCCAAGGAAUCGUGCUCUGCUCCAAUCCAUACCAUAUCGACGUCCGAAACCACCACAACAACAUCCAACCAAUCAGCUGAGGUCUAUGGAGCUGAGGAAUCAAAGGUGAAGCUUGAGUUCAUCUCCAAUCUUGAACCUGAACAUGAGGCAGUGGCAAAAGUCAAAUUGAGGGAAUCCAAUGCUGUGGAGGCCCCUCAAUCAAUGACUAUAGUCAAGGUGGAUGUCAAGGAAGAGCCCCCAGAUCCUAUAGACUUUAGUGCCGAUGGUACUUGUGAACCUGGAGGGGAGGAGAUGUUGAAUUCUGACCCGUUCUUCCAUAAUAAUUUUUCAAUGGAUGAGAUGUUCGACAUGGAGGAGCUGUUGUGGAGUUUAGAAGAUUCUGACACCCUUGAGGGUGGAGUGAGGCAGGAUUGUAGGUAUGACACAGAUUUUUUCGGGAGCACUGAGAAAGACCUGUUGCAGUGUGGCAACCCAUCAGAUUUAUCAUAUCACUUGCAGGACCCGGAUACCAAGCUACUUGGGAGCUUGUACCACAAGCAUGAGCCGCCUGCUGGUGAUUACAGUUAUGAAUUCUUUAAGCCAGCCGAACAGAGUUCAGGAAGAAGAGGAGCAGAUUAUAGUUAUGGGUGGGAUGAUGAUCAAGGAAUGCUUGGAUUGGGGUUCUGA